AUGAAAACAUAUUGUCGACAUGAAGUGAAUAAUCAAUCAUCAUUACAUGAUGAGAUUAAAAAAGAAAAUGUUGGAUAUACACAUAUUGUUGAUUCAUAUUUUGCACCGGAAAAGCAUUUCGAACCGUGGAAUUUGUUAGAUCCUCCGAAAAAUCGAAAUAUAUUUCAAAAUAUUGAACCACCCAAAACAUCAAAUUAUGUUCGUAACUAUGGAUGGGACGAAAUCGAACAAAACGAAGAAGAAACAAAACGAUUUCGUCAAUUAGUCUCUAUUUGGGAUGCUGAACGAAUAGCUAUAUUGAAACUUCAAUAUGAUCUAGAUAAGAAUAUUUUUAAACGUACAUUUGAUUAUGUUAAACGCAUAGGUCAAAGUAUUAGAUUAGCUCUUUGGCUAUGGAUACAUCGUCCAGUUAAUUAUUCAAAUAUUUCUAAUCUAUAUCAAAAUGAACAACAACAAUCUCUAUUUUCUGAUAUGAAUGUUCACAAGUCACAAAAUUUCGCUUAUUCGCCCUGUUUGGAACCAUCAAGUUAUCCUGUAUCAGAAAAUAUCGAUGCUCAGGAAAAACAGACAUUAUCCAUACCAUCGUUCGAUAUGUUAGCCGAUUCACUUUGGUAUCAACGUUUUGUUUUGAAUGAGUCAGAAGAAAAAUUACCUCCGAUAGCUAGAGCUAUGAAGAAUAUGCUUGAUAAUAAUACAUUUGUUUGGAAUUCUGAUAUUCAAGAAGAAAAUGCUUGGCCACAUUUUAUAAAUCAGUAUAGAGUGACACAAAAUAAAGCAUUUCUUCGUAAUCUAUAUGGAAAUGAUGGAUUUAAAUCGUCUUCUUCUCAAAAACCAUCAUCACCAUUAAAAUAUGCGACAAAAGAAAGACAAUUAAAUAUGAAUGUGAUACAUACUGAUACAAAUAAUAAAAACAAAACAGAUCAAAAUUUACCUAAAGAAACAAAUAUUUCAAUAGAACAAAAUACAGUUAAUAUUUCACCAUCAACAAAUAGUCAACAUCUUCUAAAACCAACUGAUUCUUCAUUGGAGAAAGAUCAAAACCAAACUAUAAAACAGGAGCAAAAAUUAAAGGAAAAACGUUAG